CACGAAUACAGAGUUGUCAUCAUCCCAGCCUGACCAGCCAUCUGCUCGCUUGCUCAAAACACUGCUCGCGGCACCACGCACGCUGGCGUUUUUUUUCUUCAUUCGGUUCGGCACCGAGGACUGGGUAAAAUCUGUGGUAUUGCCGGCACCGCGUGAAGAGACAUCAACUCGCAACAGUCCCGCAGCCAGCAAGUCGCCCGUCCGUUGGUUGAAGUGGGGAGAACUGGCGACGCCCUACCCGCGAGGCAAAAUCAACCAGCUUCACUCACUACUUUCUCUCGACCCGACGCUUCUGUUUCGCGAAUCUUCGUCACCAAACCACAGGUCGUGAUCACUUGUGUACCUGAUCAUCGCCACCAGGUUCCUGGUUUUUUCGCGAUAUCACGCCGUUUAGCCUUUGACAAAGACGCUUUGUGGGCGUACCGGCAAGGCGGACCUCUAGCAGUCCACGCAAACUGAUCGACAGCAAACCCAGGGAUUCUUGAGCCCGAGGCCCGGUUACUCGACGGCGUCAAUUUUUCAGUGGCUCCCAGAGAGGUUCGACCGAGAUAUGACGCCUCAAUCGGGUUUCCCGGCCCAUGGCGACGUCGUGGACAUUGGGGGAAGUGCAAUGCAUGGCAACGUUGGCCAGAGGCUUGAGCGUACCCUGACGGCAGUGUAUAAUCCCCGAGACAAGCCGACGUUGCCAGACGAGCUUCUAUACGAUGACAUUGGCCUGCCGAUUUGGAACAAGAUCAUUUUCACUCCCGAAUUCUACCAGACGCAUGACGAGAUUGAGCUAUUUCGCCAGCACGGCGCCAAAAUUGUUGAUCGUCUCGGCGCGGGUACAACCAUCAUCGACCUCGGCGCGGGCGAUACCCGAAAGGUUGAACAUCUGUUGGCCGCGUUCGAAUCGGCCAGGAAACCCGCAACGUAUCUUGCCCUAGACAUCUCGAAGGCCUCUUUGGCCCACAACAUUGCGUACUUGGUGGAUAAGCAUCCCAUGCCCGACUCGAUGGUCGACUGCGUUGGAUUGUGGGGGACCUUUCAGGACGGUAAGGAGUACGUUGACGAUAUUGAAACGCCUCGCCUCUUUGUAUCGCUGGGUUCAGUCCUCUGUAAUGAUCCAUGGCUGCAAGCACUGAAUCACCUGAAGUACUGGGCACAAGGCAUGAGACCACACGAUCUGCUCUUAGUCGGAAUGGACGGUCAUUUGCUCCCCAGCGACGAGGCCAAAAUCUGGGCAGCAUACCAUUCUCGGGACGACCUAUAUCGCAGCUUUUUUCUGAACGGCUUUGAGCACGCGAACCGCCUAGUGGGCGAGAAAUGGUUUUGCGAACAGGACUGGGAGUUCCUGGCCCAGCUGGAGAAGGAGCCAACAACGCGUCAUCGGUUCUUCUUCCGAGCGAAGCGUGAUGUGGUGUUGAGAAAGCUUGGUCGAAUCAUUCAGGCUGGACAGGAACUUGAUUGGUUUGAUUCCCACAAGUACGGCGAGGACAGCGUCAGACUUAUGUGCGCCAAGGCGGGCUUGACUGUCGUGGACGCCUGGCAAACGCCGAACUCACAAUUUUUCCAGUACUUAUUAAAGACCAAGGACAAGGAGGACCAGUGUGAAGACGCCGAUAGUGCAGUGUCGGGUCUCUCCUAGAAGUUCGUGUCGGCUUCAAACACGCACGCACCGAGGGGGCGAACGCUUCCGGGCAGUUGCCGCGCGAUUCGCACAGACUGGUAGAUAGACCUGCUUUCGGUUUUCUUACGUUAAGCAUAGCACUUCGUUUUCCCGGUCGGUAACUUCUGCGACAAGUUGUUCCCACCAGGCAAAGCGAUGGCCUAUGGGCUCAGCCUCGACGCUCGUUGACGUGGUAAUCGCAAUGACAUUGUCGAUCCACUGCCAAAUACGCUGAAGCGCUUCAUAGAGCGGUGGAACACUCUGGAUAACAUUAAUAAGCGGACAUUCUCAUACAGGUCUCGGUCUUGGUGAAAAGCAUACACUUCUGACGGGGGUGGAGACCACCUCGUCGAACCACGUCUUAGACGCCGCCCUGUGACUUGGUCUCGUCGCAAGCAGCCCC